AAGAACAGAUCUUUGCGCUCGUGGACGACAUGCCUAGGCAGAUCGAAGCUCUCUAUCGAUCCUCUUCUGCUGAGGAAUUCAUAGGAAACAAGGUAAAAGAUUCACUUUAUAAGUUUCUUGUGAAUGCUAUGCUUUUCAAGGCAAAGGCACUUGUGCUGAAUCUGUUGGACAGUGAUGCAAGUUUGAUAGUCCCCAUGAAGCGCCAGAUUGGAACACUUCACGAGGCACUAGUAUUUGUGAUAGAAUCAACCCUUAGUCAGCCAAAGGAAAAUGAGGAGGAUGAGAAGCAGAUCUUGACAUAUAUUGAAGCAGUUGCUGCUAGAGUCAUCUCUCUCUGUAAUUCAUUUUCAGCUGAUCAAACCACAGAAGAAGCAGUUACGAAAAUGGACUUUUGGCUUUCUGAUUCGCUAGAAAUAAUUCAGCUUUUGACUCCGAAGUUCAAAGAGCUUUAUCUUCAAAUUCCCAGGUUACAUUUCCCCAAGACUCCUCAACUUGGCUUCGUUGAAUUUCUUUUGCAAAAGCUAAGACAGCUGCUAAGGCAAAAGCUUGAUUCAGUUCAGCAUGUAAUCCAUCAAAUUGAAUCCAUCCAUGAGGAUUUGGAGAUGUUGAUGUCUUUCUUUAGGCACUCUUUGAAGCAGGGAAUCGGUAAUCAGGAACAUGAAGAUCUUCGUACACAUCUUAUUGUUCUGGCAUAUGAGGCAGAAUGUGUCAUUGACUCAAUUGUGAUUGGGGGUUCUGCUGAAUGGAACCAUUUACCGUGGCUUUAUCAUGUUUCACAAGAGAUUAGACAUGUGAAGAUGCAGGCCAUAGAUCUUCAUGAGAAGGAGAGCUGUGAUAUUGGUAAUUGCAAUGCUCCCCAGACAUUAUGGCCUUCAUUACCACAGGCUAGUACCACAAACAUUGAUGAAGAGGUGGUGGUUCUAAAUGACCAGCAACAAGUUCUAAUCGAUAAACUUACCAGAGGAUCAUCGCAGAGAGAUGUUGUGUCCAUAGUUGGAAUGCCAGGAAUUGGCAAGACGACUUUGGCUUUCAAAGUAUACAAUGAUCCUGAAGUUGUUUGCUACUUCCAUAUUCGUGCAUGGUGUCGUGUUUCACAAGCAUACAGUAGAAGAAGUUUGUUGCUCGAUAUUCUAAGACACAUUAUUGAGCUUAAUGAUACCAUCCUUGCCAUGAGCAAUGAAGAUUUGGACUUGGUGCUGUAUAAACAUUUGAAGAAAAAUCGUUAUCUCAUCUUUAUGGAUGAUAUGUGGAGCAUUAGGGCGUGGGAUGACUUCAAGAUCUCAUUUCCAGAUGAUGGAAAUGGAAGUAGGAUUCUGAUGACAAGUCGUCUUUGCGAUGUGGUCUCAAAAGUAACACCUGAAUGCAAUCUUCUUAAUCUUCGUCUACUCUCUGAUGAUGAAAGCUGGGAGUUACUAAAGUUGAAGAUAUUUCAUCAGGAAAGCUAUCCUGAAGAACUAUUUGAAGUUGGAAAAGAAAUUGCUAGAAAUUGCAAGGGACUCCUCUUUCUGUUGUUGCAAUAGCUGGUAUUCUUAACAGUACAAGCAAGGAAUAUGAAUCGUGGAAACAAAUUGCAGAAAGCUUGGACUCAUUGAUAGUUGGUGAUCAACAAUCUCGCUGCAUGGACAUCUUAGAACUGAGUUACAAGAAUUUGCCAGAUGAUUUGAAAGCAUGUUUCCUUUACUUUGCAGCGUUGGAAGAGGACAAGGAGAUUUCUGUUUCUAAAUUGAUAAGGCUAUGGAUGGCCGAAGGGUUUAUACAGAAAGAAGCUUCGAACAGCUUAGAGGGUCUUGCCGAGAAUUACCUGAUGGAUUUGAUUGGUAGAAGCUUGAUAAUUGUUACCAAAAGAAGAUCAACGGGUGGGGUCAAAGCAUGUCGGGUUCAUGACAUUGUGCGUUGCUUGUGCUUGUUAAAAUCUAAAGAGGAAAACUUCUUGGAGCUGGUAACUAGUAAGGAUGAACCUUAUGCUUCUUUUGAUGGUAGUAUGGAUAUUGAUGAUUUUGAUCCUUCAGAUUCCAUGACAUAUGAGAAAUAUCGAUUAUGUGUUCAUGCAAGUCGAAAGCACUUUUUUAUGUCAAGGCCUUCUGGUCCAUAUGUUCGUUCUCUGCUGUUUUAUGCUACCACUGAUACAUACCCAAGAUGCCCUUAUGAUACUUUGUUCAUUUCUAAAAACUUUAAGCUUCUUAAGGUGCUGGAUUUGGAAUGUGCCAACAUGGGUAAUUCCUUUGCCAAUGGAAUAGAGUUACUUGUUCAGUUGCAUUAUCUGGCAGUUGGUGGUGAUAUAGACUCUAUUCCCUCAUCAUUAGCCAACUUGCAGAAUCUAGAAACGUUUCUUGUGAAGGGACUGAAAGGUAAGGUCACUAUACCGGAUAGCAUUUGGACCAUGACUAGCUUGAGGCAUCUUCAUGUAGAAAAUCAUGCUACCUUCGCAUUGCAAGAUGGAAAGAUUGGAAGUUCCUGUGAAUUAAGUAACUUGGUUUCCCUUUCCUCGCCAUCUCUUUCUUAUAGGGAACAUGCAGAGGAAAUAUUAAGGGGGUUGCCCAAUCUUCAAAAAUUAAGUUGUAUUUUUUCAAAAUCAUGGGAUAAUUCCAAGAAGUGCAACCAAUUUCCAAGGUUGGAGGAUAUGACUCAUUUGGAGUCACUCAAGAUAUCCUACAUCGGUAGGAGUGUUAGUAGUGGCGAAUUUAGCUUCCCCUUGAGUCUUAGAAAGUUGACUUUAUCAACUUUCUUCUUGCGGUGAGAUCACAUUUCGACAAUUGGCUGUCUGGAAAAUCUCGAGGUUCUAAAGUUACUUUCUAUAACUUUUGAGAGCACGCAAUGGGAGAUGCAAGAUGGAGAAUUCCCUGAACUCAAAUUCUUGAAAUUACAUAACUUAAACAUUGUUGACUGGAAUGCCUCCUGUGAUCAUUUGCCUAAUCUUCAGCAGUUAGUGCUGCAAAAUUGUGAUAAUCUCAGGGAGGUUCCUAUUGAUUUUGUGGACAUAACUACCUUGCAAGUAAUUGAAGUGCAGCGGUGUGGAGAUUCUGUUGAAGAAUCGAUCAGAAGACUUAAGGUGGAGGAGCAAAUACGAUAUGGAACUGAGCAUUUGAAGGUCCUUAUCCAACAUUAAAAGGGGGUUUCAGAUCAUUAAGAGGUCCUUGUCCAUCAUUAUUAGUGGAUAUGGAGCUUUAUAUCCAUCUGGUGCUAUGCAUCCUAUUAUCAUUAUUCCUGUGUUACUGAGGGGCAGCUGUGCAUGAACUGCUGAAGUACCGCUAAAGACUCCACAUGACUUGAAGUGGAUGGAAGGACUUGCUAUAGAAUUGAGAAGCUGGAAGUUCCCUGUCAAUAUUUUUUGUUGCAGUUCCAGAUCACCUUCUAAUCAUGGCACAGCACGAGUGAAAAACAACGUACAAUGGCCUUAGAAGAUCUUGGAAAAGAAUGGGCAAAACUUGGAUGACAACUUACAGUUCUGGUGUUGUUGAUUCUCUUGCACUUGGAUGACAAUUUCUCCCAUAUUUGGGUAUGCUGUAUUUCAGUUUCCCUUGUAGCUUGAGACAUAUCUACAUUAUAAGACAUUUCAGUUAAAUUUUUCUUGUCUGAUCUUUGGAUCAGACUCUUUAUCUUCAUUGUCAUUGUUGCCUAAGUGAUUGCGAUGUGAAGUCAAUACAGCCGCAAGACUUUCUGUUUUUUGUUUCAUUUGCAGUUGUAGUCUGCGGGUUUCCUGCUUUCAAGUACUUUGAUAGGAUCUGAUGAUAUUUUUCUCAGAAAGUAUUCUGCAGAAAAUAAUGUAUUAAUGAUCCUUUUACCAAAUGGUAGAAUUCUAUUGGUACCCUAUUCAAACAAGAAGGCAAUUAGAAUGUGAUGAGAAUGCUAUUAGAACUGAUUUUUUUGGGGCAAAGGUCAUUUCGCUCUGGUUUGAUCCCUAGUCAUUACUGUCUGAAAUUUUUGGUACGAGG